AUGAAGAGCAAGUACCUCGGAUUGGUUGGCAACAUGUUCCCCUGCCAGUGGAUGUUCAUCGUAUUCGGCGCAUUGACUGUUCUGAUCGGUAUCAGCCCCUGGUGGAUUCUACCAGAAACACCUGUGAGAUGUACCUGGCUCAACGAGCGUGAGCGGAUCAUUUCCGUUCAGUGUCUCAGGGAUAACAGGACUGGAGUCAAGAAAAACCACCACAAGAAAGAGCAAGUCCUCGAAGCUCUCACCAACUACCGUGUCUGGAUGCUUUUGUUUGCAGUCUUCUGCCACAACUUGACAAACAGUCUUCAAACAAACUUCGGCAUCAUCAUUGAGGGCUUCGGCUACAACACCUACCAAUUAGUCCUUCUCCAAAUCCCAGUCGGAGCCAUCAUGGCCGUCUCAAUGAUUAUCAUCAACUUCUUCCUCUCCUCUAACUGGGGCCAAUGA